UUACGCAAAUUCCGUGGCCACAGUGAUACUGUCUAUUCGGUGGCUUUUUCUCAUGACUCAAAGUGGAUCUUGUCAGGGUCCAGAGAUGGAACUAUCAAUCUUUGGGAUAGCACAACUGGCGAAUGUCUACGCACAUUUAAUGGUCAUAGCGGUUCUGGCCAUUCAGUUGUCUUCUCGCAUAAUUCAAAAAUAAUAGCAUCAGGGUCAGUGGAUCAAACCAUCAAGCUCUGGGAUAGCGCAACUGGCAAAAGUCUACGCACAUUUAAUGGUCAUAGCGAUCUUGUCUAUUCAGUUGUCUUCUCGCAUGAUUCAAAAAUAAUAGCAUCAGGGUCAUUUGAUAAAACCAUCAAGCUCUGGGAUAGCACAACUAGUGUAUGCCUCCAUACAUUCCAAGGCCAUAAUCAAGAAAUUCUUUCAGUUGCCUUUUCGCACGACUCAAAAUUGGUAGCAUCAGGGUCGGCUGAUAAAACAAUCAAGCUCUGGGAUAGCGCAACGGGUGAAUGUCUACACACAUUCCAAGGCCAUGGUCAUUUUGUUCUUUCAGUUGCCUUUUCGCACGACUCAAGACUAGUAGCAUCAGGUUCAGAAGAUGAAACAAUCAAGCUCUGGGAUAGCGCAACGGGUGAAUAUCUACACACAUUCCAAGGCCAUAAUCAAGAAGUUCUUUCAGUUGCCUUUUCGCACGACUCAAGAUUAGUAGCAUCAGGGUCAGCUGAUCAAAUACACAAGCUUUGGGAUAGCGCAACUGGUGAAUGCCUAUACACGCUCGAG